GGUCUGUCUCUUCGGGGACGUCACUGGAUCGUCAUAGUUAUCAGACCCGGCUUCACGCGGGAGCAAACAAACAUACGAAGUCCUUAACGGAAUCCAUGGGACAAGAGGUUAUCGAAAUCAACGGUCCAUUAAAAGAACUGCCACCAGAUCUGGAAGAAGAACCGUCAGCGGAGAACGACGACGAUAAAGCCACUUCGACCACCAUUCAAGUGGCGACCGCGAAAGAAGUCUCCAAGCAGGUAUUAGACAAUGUCAAACCAGACAUUUUGAAGGAUACAGAGAAAAUCGAUCGACAAAAAGAUGACGAGGAAGCCAGGAUUGAGAAGGAGCUCGCUGAUAUUUAUAAGGAUUCCUUGGAUUAUAAAGGCGACAGCGCUGAAGUCAUCAAAGAAACAACAGACACAAAAUCAACAGAAACGUCUGAGAAGCCAGUUGCUCGAGUUCGGAACAACUUCAAGUUUCAACCUGAUUCGAACAAUCCGCGUGAAGUUGCCAUAUUCAGAACUUCAAUUGAUGACAUUAACUGCAAGAAGAGCAAGCUUAGCGAAAGCGUGACUACGUUGCCAACUUCGGGAUGCAGAAACGCCAUUUCCAAAACCGGAUUUUAUGCAAUUAUGACCUUUAUAUGUGUGUAUUUGUGAAAACAAUUUCGAAUAUUAA